CUCUUCUUCCAGGGAGACCCCCGAGGACGUGGCGAUGAGUGAGCAGCCAGCAUCUCAGCAGACAAGGAUGGAGCGCUGUCCCCAGGAGGGCAAGGAAUGACGCCCACCCGGUCCCUCAGAGAAUGACCGCCCUGCGAGGGUGGGUCCCAGGGCCCUAGCGGGGCUGCCGGCCUUCAGCUUCCGGCCACUCACAGCAGAAGGACCCCCAGACUCUCCGUGGAUGCUCCUCAGCCCCGUGGCUCCACCAUGACGCUGCUCGUGGUCCCCCUCCUGCUGGCCUGGGUGGCCGGUGCCACGGCCGCCGUGCCGGUGGUGCCCUGGCGGGUGCCCUGCCCCCCGCAGUGUGCCUGCCAGAUCCGGCCCUGGUACACCCCCCGCUCGUCCUACCGCGAGGCCACCACCGUAGACUGCAACGACCUCUUCCUGACGGCCGUGCCCCCGGCGCUGCCCGCGGGCACGCAGACCCUGCUGCUUCAGAGCAACAGCAUCGUGCGCGUGGAGCAGGCCGAGCUCAGCUACCUGCACAACCUCACGGAGCUCGACCUGUCGCAGAACAGCUUCUCGGACGCCCGCGACUGUGACGUCCGCACCCUGCGCCAGCUGCUGAGCCUCCACCUGGAGGAGAACCAGCUCACGCGGCUGGAGGACCACAGCUUCGCGGGGCUGGCCAGCCUGCAGGAGCUCUACCUGAACCACAACCAGCUCUACCGCAUCGCCCCCCGCGCCUUCGCUGGGCUCGGCCACCUGCUGCGGCUGCACCUCAACUCCAACCUGCUGCGAGCCGUGGACAGCCGCUGGUUCGAGACGCUGCCCAGCCUGGAGAUCCUUAUGAUCGGUGGCAACAAGGUGGACGCCAUCCUGGACAUGAACUUCCGGCCGCUGUCCAACCUGCGGAGCCUGGUGCUGGCGGGCAUGAGCCUGCGGGAGAUCUCCGACUACGCCCUGGAGGGGCUGCAGAGCCUGGAGAGCCUGUCCUUCUACGACAACCAGCUGGUCCGGGUGCCCCGGCGGGCGCUGGCGCAGGUGCCCGGGCUCAAGUUCCUGGACCUGAACAAGAACCCCCUGCAGCGGGUGGGCUCCGGGGACUUCGCCAACAUGCUGCAUCUCAAGGAGCUGGGGCUGAACAACAUGGACGAGCUGGUGUCCAUCGACAAGUUGGCCCUGGUCAACCUCCCCGAGCUGACCAAGCUGGACGUGGCCAACAACCCCCGCCUGUCCUUCGUCCACCCCCGCGCCUUCCACCACCUGCCCCAGAUGGAGACGCUCAUGCUCAACAACAACGCGCUCAGUGCCUUGCACCGGCAGACCCUGGCGUCCCUGCCCAACCUGCAGGAGGUGGGUCUCCACGGCAACCCCAUCCGCUGCGACUGCGUCAUCCGCUGGGCCAACGCCUCGGGCACCCGCGUCCGCUUCAUCGAGCCGCAGUCCACCCUGUGCGCCGAGCCACCCGAGCUGCAGCGGCAGCCUGUGCGCGAGGUGCCCUUCCGGGAGAUGACGGACCACUGCCUGCCCCUCAUCUCCCCCCGCAGCUUCCCCGCCAGCGUCCAGGUGGCCAGUGGCGAGAGCUUGGUCCUGCACUGCCGGGCGCUGGCCGAGCCCGAGCCCGAGAUCUACUGGGUCUCGCCCACCGGGGUGCGCCUGACAGCCGCCCGGACGGGCCGCAGACUCCGGGUCUCCCCGGAGGGGACCCUGGAGCUUCGAAGGGUGACGCCCGGGGAAGCGGGGCUGUACACGUGCGUGGCCCAGAACCUGGUGGGGGCGGACACGAAGACGGUCAGCGUGGCGGUGGGCCGGUCUCCUGUGCAGGCAGGACGCGAGCAGGGCCGGGCGCUGGAGCUGCGGGUGCAGGAGGCUCACGCCCACCACAUCCUGCUCUCCUGGGUGUCCCCCCCCAACACCGUCUCCACCAACCUCAGCUGGUCCAGCGCCACCUCCCUCCGUGGCCAGGAGCCCACGGCCUCGGCCCGCCUCCCGCGGGGCACCCACCGCUACAACAUCACCCGCCUUGUGCAGGCCACCGAGUACUGGGCCUGCGUGCAAGUGGCCUUCCCUGAUGCGCACACCCAGCAGGCGUGUGUGUGGGCCAGGACGACAGAGGCCACCCCUUGCCACAGGCCCUUCGGGGACCGGCCCGGGCCCAUAGCCAUCCUGGCCCUCGCUGUUCUCCUGCUGGCUGCCGGGCUAGUGGCCCACCUCGGCACCAGCCGCCACAGGCCGGGGGUAGGGGGGCGGCCUCUCCCUCCCGCCUGGGAUGUCAGAGGUUGGGGUACGCCCUCGGGUCGGGUGGUGUCUGCACCCCGGGUACUGCCCUGGAAUCCAGGGAGGAAGCCGUCCAGGUCCCCAGAAAGGGAGAAACUGCCAUCACUGUUGUCACAGCAGUCGGGACACUCGGCCUAUUCCCAGCUCUAGGCCUGAGGCCAGGCACUGGGUGACACGGAGCCACGGAGCCACG